CAUCAAUCACAAAUGGCAGCAUCAGGCAUAGUUGUGAUCUUUGAUUUCGAUAAAACGAUUAUCGAUUGUGACAGUGAUAACUGGGUGGUGGAUGAGUUGGGUGCCACCGAGUUAUUCAAUCAACUUCUUCCUACCAUGCCCUGGAACUCUCUUAUGGAUCAAAUGAUGAAAGAACUUCAUUCUAAAGGUACAAAAAUUGAGGAUAUUGCGGCUGUUCUGAAAAGAUCACCAAUACAUCCUCGAAUCGUCGAAGCCAUUAAAUCGGCUCAUGCUCUAGGAUGUGAUUUGAAGAUUGUGAGCGAUGCAAACACCUUCUUCAUCGAGACAAUCUUGGAAUGUCACGGCCUAAAGGAAUGCUUUUUGGAGAUCAAUACGAACCCUGGAUUUGUCGAUCAACAAGGCAGGCUCAGGAUCUUCCCUCAUCAUGAUUUCACCAAAUCUUCUCAUGGAUGUCAGCAUACCAGCUGCCCUCCAAAUAUGUGCAAGGGUAUUGUGAUUGAGAGGAUCCAAGCAUCUCUAUCUAUGGAGGACCCAAAGAAAACAAUAAUCUACCUUGGCGAUGGGCUUGGUGAUUUUUGCCCAAGUUUGAAGCUUGGUGAUGGAGACUACGUGAUGCCACGGAAAGAUUUUCCAGUUUGGGACUUGAUUUGCAAAAACCGGAGUCUAAUUAAGGCACAAAUAUGUGAAUGGAGCAAUGGGGAGGGAUUUAAAACUGUAUUACUCCACCUUAUUAGCCGAAUUAUUUCGGUAGAGGGAAACAACACUAGUGCCAAUAUUGAUCAGCUCUAUUCAGUUGAUUGCAAACUAGAAACGAUGUCGUUGCCUGCCGCCACCGGCCCUGAAACCUUCCCUCAAGCCCUUCAUGUUCUUCAUUAGAAGCUGAUCGUCAAAAUGGCCAAUGAAGUUGAUGUCUUUUAGCUUUUUAGGAUUACUAUUGCAGACUUGCACUAACUAGUACUCUCUAGUUUCAAUAGUAGGAAAACGUCAAGUAAUUGUAGUGGAACUAUAUAUUUUUUAUUGA